AUGUCGUACAUCCCACCACAUCUUCGGAACAAAACUCAAGAAUCGACACCAGUGAAUCCUUCGUUUUCACGCACGAACGAAUCACGCUCGCUCCACAACUCUUUCACUCCACAGCCUUCCCGCACACCAUCACAACUCUACCGCAGUGAGACUCCAACCUUUUAUAGCGCAAAACGAUCGUCACAGCAACAGCGCGACAGAUGGUCCGAGUACAGAGAUUCUCGUGAUGACCCAAAACGUGCCGAGAAACGUGCAAAGUGGUUAUCUGAUACCAAGGAAGAACGUGAGAAAAUGGCGGAUGCCACUUUGAAUUACGACAAUUUGAAAAUCGAAGUCACUGGGAACAAUGUCCCUCAAAAGGAACUUGAGACGUUUUAUGAUAUAGAUAUGGGUGAAGAACUCGACGAUAAUAUCUUUAAAGCUGGUUUUAACCAUCCAAUGCCGGUCCAAAAAGCUACAAUCCCAGUGAUCUUAGCACGAAGAGAUUUGAUGUCUUGUGCUCAAACAGGGUCUGGCAAAACAGCAGCCUUCUUAUUCCCAAUCAUCUCCGACAUCCUUCAAAACCCUCCAAUGCCCCAUCAAAUGUCUCGUCACGUCACGGUAUUCCCUUCCGCAUUAAUCCUCGCACCAACACGUGAAUUGGGUCAACAGAUCCAUGAAGAAGCCGUAAAGUUCACACAAAACACACCAAUUAAGUCGGUGUGUGUUCAUGGAGGGUCAGAGACAUACCCACAAAUACAAGAAAUGGGAAAAGGUUGUGACAUCUUGGUUGCGACUCCCGGCAGACUCCUCCACUUCAUGGAACGGAAGAUCGUUUGUUUGUCGUCGGUCCGAUUUUUGAUCUUCGACGAGGCGGAUCGAAUGUUGGAUAUGGGGUUUGAGCCCCAAAUUCGCCAAAUUUGCGACGACGGCGAAAUGCCAAAAGUCGGGGUUCGCCAAACCCUAAUGUUUUCUGCGACGUUCCCACGCCCCAUUCAGAAGUUGGCUUCGGACUUUCUUGAUGAUUAUGUCUUCAUUACUGUUGGGAGAGUUGGGAGUACUGUGGAAUCCAUUGAGCAAGACAUCUUGUGGGUUGAUGAGAGACAAAAGGAAGAAGCGGUGAUAGAUGUACUUGAGAACUUUGGGAAGGAUAAGAAGGGCGUUAUAUUUGUCGAGACUAAGAGAGGAGCGGAUAUGUUAGAGAACUACUUGUAUGACAAAGGAUACAUGGUAGAUAGUAUUCAUGGUGAUCGGUCACAGAGCGAUCGAGACUUCUCGCUUGCGCGGUUCAAAGAGAACAAAAUUCAACUACUUGUCGCGACUGAUGUCGCGUCGAGAGGACUUGAUAUUCCCGACAUUGAAAUUGUUAUUAACUACGAUAUGCCAAACGAAAUCGAGAGUUACGUCCAUCGUGUCGGAAGAACAGGAAGAGCAGGGAAGAAGGGAAUUGCAGUGACUUUCAUCAACGAAAAGACACAAAACCUGAUUCCAGCGUUGGUCAGUUUAAUGGAAGAGUCGAAACAAAGUGUCCCUGAGUGGAUGAAUGAGAAAUCGUCUGAGUUGAAUGACAGGAGAGGGUUUGGGCCACGACGAAGUGGGAGAGGAAGUGGAUAUGGCGGACGACGUAACGGUGGUGGAAGAUUUGGAGGAAGAGAUAGAAGAUAUGAAAAAAAAGAUGACGAGUAUGACGUGAACAGAUCCGUCAGUACACCUAUUAGACCACACUUCACUUACUAA